AGAGUUGGCGGCGCGGCUCUCGCUAUCUUUGUUCGCGGCGCUCGAGCGGCAGCAGGAGGAGGAGGAGCGGCACGAGGAGGAGGAGGCGGCGGCUCGGGCUGUGAGCAGCGGCGGCGCUCACGGAGUAAAAAAAACCACCCGCCCGCACGGUGGUUUUUUUUACUCCGCGCGACAAUGCGAGCGGGGCGGCCGUGCGGCCCACGGGCAGGCGGCGCGGGGCCGUUCUCACGGCGUUCUCACGCCGCCUAAACACCCCCCACCACCACCACCACCCCCAGUGCCCUCCCUCCCGUGCGUGCCGGGCUACAGCUGCUGCUGCCGCCGCCUCCCCGGGGUGGAGGUGGCUGCGUGGGUGUUGGGGCGACCGACCGAGCGGGCGGGUGGGUGGGUGGUGUUGUUGUUGUUGUUGGCUGCUUGUGUCGUCGUCUGACCGGGUAAGGUCCCCGCUUGCGCGCGGCGACGUGGGUCGCUGGGUUGACGACCGCGAUCGUCCAUCGGCGCUGUGCGUCGGCUGCUCGUGUGGCUGUGUGGGAGCUGACGAUGCGACCGGGCGCCCUUCGGAAUCGACGACGGUAGCAAGAGGAGCGGCGUCGUCGGCAGCAGCAGCAGCAGUGGCCCCGGGCCCCGCGGGGGGCGGGGGGGGCCUCCCCGCCGUGGCCUCGCACCGUGGCCGCGCCGCGCCGGCCUCCACGGCCGCCGGGGAGCCGCCCCGUGGCCGGGCCCCGCCGGGGGGUUGUCCCAUGGCCGCCUCCUCCUCCUCCUCCCCCCCCCGGGCCGCCGUGCUGCAGUCGUCGGUGCAGAGGCUCGUGGCUCUGGAGCAGCGAGCCCGGCGCCUCGCCCAGCGCCUGCGCCUCGCCCAGGCGGAGGCGACCGAGAGCCACGCGCGGCAGCAGCUGCGCGACCUCCUGGCCGAGCAGCAGCAGCAGCCUCCAUCAUCACCACCACCACCUCCUCCACUACCUCCUCCUCCUGUACAGCAGCAGCUACAGCUACAGCUACAGCAGCAGCGGCCGCCCCGAGCCGUGGACGCGGCGGCCGCGAUGGCCCCGCGUGGUGUGGCCGGGGAGCUGGGCCGCGUGCCCAGGAGCCUGGCGGCCGCGCUGCGGCACGUGGAGAGGGCGCUGGACUCGGACGCCACGGAGAGCAGCUCGGGUGGCGACACGGACACCGAGGAGGUGGACAACGACGAGAGCGACGUCUGUUGCGACGACGACCACCACCACCAGGGUAGCCGCAGCGGCGGUGGUGGUGGUGGUGGCGCCUGGGUUGGCGACCUCGGCGUGGGGGCGUGGAUGGGCCGGGCCCACCACCACCAACACCAUCACCAACACCACCACGAUCAACAACAACAGCAACAGCAGCAGCAGCCCGAACAGCCUCGCUCGGCCUUGCGGCGGAGCACCGCGUGGCUGUGGGCGCGGGAGCGCGCGAUGGUGGCGAGCCGUUGGACGUGGCUCACGGCGCAGGUGUCCGACCUGGAGUACCGCAUCCGGCAGCACAACGAGCUCUACCGCCAGAUCCGCAUCGGCAAGGGCCCCGUGGUGCUCGGAGACCUCCAGGCCCCCGAGGACGUGACGAGACCGCACCGGAGGCUGCCCGGUACCGGCGCCGCCCCCGCUUUGCCGCUCGCCGGUGAAACGGGGGGCGGUCGCGUGGAGAUGUCCGCCUGCAGCCCCGCUCUGCUGCUUAGCAACCUCCACAAGCAGAGCUCACGCCUUAAGCAAAGUCUGGGCGGCAUGGCCUGUCCUCUCAGCCCAGCCUCGUCUCCACAACCCAAACCUUCUCCACCGCAGCUCAACGGUGUUCUGGCCGGCUCGUCGAGCUGCACUCGAGGAGGAGAUGCUCCGCCUGACGGCUUCGACGCCGCCAAGCGCCGCCCCGCCGCGGUGUCCCGUGGGGCCCCCGCGCCACCGUCCCCGCCCGGCAGCUCCUCGUGCGUGGCGGCACGGACGCGGCCCCUGCGGGAACUGCGCCGUCGGCGAGUGCUGCGAGCCAGCGACGCGUACUUCCUGAGCCGCAAGGCGCAGCGGCCGGUGACUGUGAGGUGCAGCUGUGAGCAGCCACUCAGCUGCAUGGUGUGCGUGUCACCGUACACCACGCAGCAGCAGCAGCAGCAGCCCAUGAACCUGGACACCAUGACCCUGCCUGAGAGGGCAGCAGUGCUCAGCCCAUCCACCCACCCUGUGCUCUCUCUCCCCAACGAUAUCCCUCUACACCUGCACUUCCAGAGUCUGAUGAAGCGCGCCGAGUGGCACGAGCGGAUGAACCCCAAACCCAAAGUUCCAGCCAGCAGCAGCAGCAACAACAACAAGAGGCCAACCGGCGUUCCACGAGCGUGGACAGCCUCGCCAGGCAGCCCUGCCGAGCGCAAGCAGCGCCACAAGCCUGACGCCUCCCUGCUGACCACCAAGUGCGACUGGAGUAAGGCAUGCGUGGAUCCGUCGCUGUGGCAAUACCUGGACAGUGUGGAGCGAGGGCCUUCACCGCUGGACUCCUUGGAUACAGAUGGGGAGGACGGUGGCCACUUCAAGAAAAGGAGGCGCUCUGGGCACAGCCCCCUCGCAGCGGGCAGCAAGAGGCAGCGUGGCGGGGUGCGGAGUCGGAGCCUCACCCUGGGGGAGUCGCCCGAGGGCACGGCGGCAGUGGUGACGGCGCCGCCGCUGCGCCAGGCCUACACGCCGGUGCCGGCCGACGCGUCGCCCGCGCCACCCACGCUGCCCUUGGCCAGCGCGUACGCCCACACGUCCGCCGCCGCCGCUACGCCCACGUCCACGCAGGCUUCUGCUCGGCGACGGAGGGUGGAGAACUCCUUCGAUAUCAACAACAUCGUCAUCCCACUGUCCAUGGCUGCGUUUGCCCACGUGGAGAAGAUCCAGUACAAGGAGAUUCUCACUCCUGGGUGGCGUGAGCUGGGAUUUGAGAAUGAGGGGCCAGACAUUGAGGAAGUUGAAGAGGUGGAGGACGUUUCGGACGAGUCGUUUGCCGAUCGCCACGCCCGGUUUGAGCAGAUGGAGAAGACGCGAUGGUGCUUCUGGUCGCCCGCCAUCCACCGCCGCACUCGAUCUUUCAACAAGAGUACGUCGGAGGGGCGCUGCACGCCCCAGCCCCCGUCACCCGAUGUGUCCGUGUCGGGAGGCGGCAGCAACCACCACACUGGGCUCAACGCAGAGCAGCACCGCUCCGCCGAUCGGAGCCUCCGCGAUUCCUUCUGCGAGUCCACGCGCUCCUCCACGCCGGAUAUGUGCUCCGAAGAAGUCUUCUUGGUGGUGCAGCCUUGGGAGAAGAGAGCCUUCCCGUUGCGCGAACAAGAAGAGAUCGCCCUGGCGGAGAGCGAUUGCAACCACAGAGACGAGCGGCGCUCUGCCUCGCCCGCGCCCACACAGCAGUUCGAUCGCCAUCCACCACCGCCGCCCACCGGCAACUCCGAGGAGCCCUCCGCUGCAGCGCCACCUCCGUGCGUCACGGAGCGGGAUGGCGCAGCGCCACCACCCAGGGAGGAGCGGAGGCCGGCGAAGCGCAGCUUGCGCUCCGCCUCCGCGCGGCAACCGCACGACCCCUCGGAGCCGCUGCACGACGGCAAAGCCAGGGAGCCGAGGAGUCGCAGCGCGGCAGGAUCCUUGGGCCCGACUAGUGGCGACGAUAAUAAUUACCACACGCCAAGCGGCCGCACGAGAGCGGGCGAUGGGAAGUCACGGAACUCCAUUGUGCUGAGGGCGGGGAGACGAACAAACUCGCACUGACGCCGGCCUCGCUUGUGCUUGCGUCUCUUUCUGUUGGGUUGUAACCGGCCUGCAAGGGAGCGACCGAGCAGCACCUGUACACAGCAGGCCUGUGCAUGGCUCUCCUGUUCAAUGACAAUGAUGUCGGCGUAUGCUGCUGCUGCUGUUUCUCUGGAAUGAUGGGGCUAUCACGUUUGUAAUGAAGCCGACGCGAUGCACAAUUUUAGGAUUGUUUCCAUGUAUGAAAAGAAAAAUGUACAUUUGAAAAAAUAUAAAUGUCAAUACUGUGCAAAUAAAAACGAGAAGUAUAAAAUAAACGUUUUGCGUCCAGUUUGAAUUGCUUGGACGAACUUUUGAAUAGCUCUUACUUGCCAAACUUUUGUUUAGACCAAGUAUUUCACGUGUUGUCUGUCUCCUUCCAUCGUUGUUGGGACUGGUGGGAUGAUGCGUGUUAAGGGGGUUUGAAAUGUGCACUAAGUGUGUUAAUGAUCUAUUUACCACAGCGUCUGUCCGCCUUGCUCUGCAUAUAUCACAACAGGGAUAUCUGCCCUUUUGUAUAAUACGUAGAAUAAUCUUUCUUAUUUUACUCAAUAGGUGCAAGAAUUGGUAAUCUUUUGGAAGAUAUUUUUUAAAAAUUGUCACUUGUUGUAGAAAAAUCAUUGCCUUUGUACAUAUGGAGUUUGCAUUUGUACCCACGUUAGAUAUGUAGGAUAUGUAAUUGUUAUGUAUAUAUUAUAACCUCCCUGUUCUCUCAGGGAGCCUGGCAUUGUAACUUCUGUGACUUUACACCACCUGAAUGUUCAGUAUACAGUACUGUGCUUACAAAAAUAAUUAAAAACACCACGACUCUUAAA